AUCUUAACCUUCGAGACCAAGAACCCCACGGAGCUGUCGGAGCGCCUGCGCGCCAUCUGCGGCAACCAGAGCAACGCCUACGCCCGCCUGCUGGAGUACCGCCUGAACGCGCUGCGGGGCCUCUGGAACGCCCAGCGCCAGCUGGCCUUGGAGGAGCAGCACGAGCGGGAGAGCUCGGGCGACGAGGAGGCCCUGGCUCUGCUCAAGCGGCAGGGCCUCCUGCAGCACUCGGAGCAGGCGCCCUUCACCUCCCGCAUGGGGCUGCUCCUGGUCUUCCCCCUGAUCGAGUCCCAGAGCAGGACAGACCCUUCCUUGGGUAACGUCACCGCCGAGGUGCUCCUGACAUGCCUCCGGGACUGCCAGCCUCUGAGCCUGACCAAGGAGCCUGCCGACUGCCUGAACGGCAUCGAGGCUCUGCUCUGCUCCUGGCUGGAGGAGACCUCGCCCUGCGGCCAGCAGAUCCCCCACCGGCAGAAGGAGAACGCCGCCGCCGCCCUGGUGGCCUUGGCCUGCGCCAGGGGGUCCCUCAAAACCUUUGUCCACACCGUCCAUCUCCUACAAAAACAGACUGACUUGGGAUCCCUGCCCGUGGCUGACGUGUUGUACAGGCUGCUGCUUUUAGAAGGCGGACCCGGAUCGCCCUCCUGCCUGCUUGGGGGCAAACACAUGGUGUCCUGGGGGUUUGAGGACAUGCUGCCGGCACCUGAGGCCAGCCCUGGCUCUGGCUCGGAAAAUAAAGAUGCGGACUUAGGACGCUGCCUGGCAGUGGAUGGGCUUUAUCUUUAUACCACCAACUCCGUUGGCCGGGGAAUCAGCAAAUUGGGCUCCGGAUUACACGGUACUUUACGGGGCUUUGUGUAUUCCCGCAACGAGGAGCUGGAAUCCGGCUGGGUGGCCUUCGGCAACGGCCGGCUGCUCCACAGGCCAGUUUCUUUCGACAGCAAACCUCACUCCCUUUUCCAGGUCAUCGAUCAGAACACGCUUCAGGUGUGCCAGCUUCUCCCAAUGCCCCCCGAUCACUUCCCCAUAGGCAGCACCAUGACCACCGUCCACCUCUCUUCGGACGGGACCUACUUCUACUGGAUCUGGUCUCCCGCGAGCUUGAAUGAAAAAACCCCCAAGGGCCACUCCGUCUUCAUGGACGUCUUUGAGCUCAAGAUGGACAACGGCCUCUGCAUCGCCCGGCCCCUCCAGGAGCGCAUCAUCCUGAUGAGGAAAGAGGGGGACUCGGCCAAGAGCAUUAACGAGAUGCUGCUCAGCCGGCUCUCCAGGUACAGGGCCUCCCCCUCGGCCACCCUGGCUGCGCUGACGGGCUCCACCAUCUCCAAUACCCUGAAAGAGGACCAGGCAGGUGGUUUUCAAAUUUUUCUUCAGCCCCCAAACGGAGAAGAACCGGGAGAUUGUCCGGCGAUCGGGCCUUUUGCUCUGGCAGCUCCUGAUGGCCCCCGUUGACCAGAUCAGCCCUGAAAUUCAGAAGGAGGUCUGCUUGGCCAUCAGUUCUGGUCUAAGCAUCCUGUACCCUGGAGAAACAGAAAUUAAUAACCUACUGAAACUGGUCUUAACAGAAGUUUUCAGAACGGCCUUGUUGCUGAAAACCCAGUCUCCGAUUUUCUCAGACGUCAAUGGUUCUCCUGCAGGGGCCUCUGAAGCGAGGAGCAAGCUCUUCCCUGAUGAGAGAUCCCAUAUGGCGCCAUUCAUUUGCUUGCUCCCCUCUGAGGAGCUCUUAAGAAACGCUCCUGCGGGUUUGAUCUGCCCCCCGUGCCAACCCCCUGUGCCUGUUGUGUUUCCGCUGCAGCUGGUCAUCUACGCCGGGCCCAACACAAACAGUCGGAAGGUUGCCGAAUACGGAGGCAACACCUUGGGAUACGGCAGCCGCAGCGUCUUGGGGACAGGGUGGCCUAAAGAUUUGGUCAAGGUGGAGGGAGACACCGUCACCUUCUCUUUCGAAAUGCGGAGCGGCCGAGAACACAACACCCCAGAUAAAGCCAUGUGGGGCUUCGCCUGCACGGUCCGGGCGCAGGAAUCCUCGGAAGACGUCUCGGAUGCUGGUGCUUGUCAGAGGCUGGGGGGUGGGGGAGAGGGUCACCCAGAUGCAGGAGGGCCACUUUUUGCCGCUCUCAUCGGAGCCGACCCUUUCGCAGGGGGAUCCACGGAGGCGGUGCAUUCGGGCCUCGCUCGCCAGGUCUCCAGCCUCUUAACCAAUCACCUGGCCCGGGCCACCGAGUGCUGCGGCAACCAGGCAGCCGGCAACGAUGCCCUGCAAGACGUCCUCAGCCUUCUCAACGAUCUUUCCAGGAGCCACAUUGGCAAAGCCAUCCUCAGCCAGCCGGCCUGCGUGUCCAAACUCCUCUCUCUGCUCCUGGACCAGCGCCCCUCCCCCAAGCUGGUCCUCAUCAUCCUUCAGCUCUGCCGGGCCGCCCUUCCCCUCAUGAGCGUGGAGGACUGCGGGAACGUGGAGCUGCCCCCCUGGAGCUACUCCGUGCCUUCCCUGAACAGCGAGCAGGACGAUCCCAGCGACCCGGCCUCCAAGAUCGCCUCCCUGCUCUUGGCCAAGCUGGCGGAUUACGUCGUUCCAGGAUGCCAGACGGUUCUCUCUCCAACCGCUUCGGAGCCAGAUACGUCCCUCACGAAAGCGAACCCCAAAAGUUCCCUCAAGGGGGACAAAGACCCAGGAGAAGAGAGCGAGGCCGUGGACGGCAAGCUUUCCAUAUUUAUCCACAAGCGAGAAGAUCAGUCGUCUCACGAGGUCCUCCAGCCGCUCUUAAGUAGCUCAGAAGGUCGCCCCUUUCGCCUCGGCACAGGCGCCAACAUGGAGAAGGUGGUGAAGAUGGACCGAGACAUGACCAAGAGCGGCUGCUGUGAGGUGAUCACGGAGGAGGCGGCUGCAGCUUUGCGGAAGGCCACCAAGUGGGCCCAAUCCGGGCUGAUUGUGAGCGUGGGCCCCCCGGUGGAAACGGUCAGUCCCGAAAGCACCAGCGGCCUCUCCACUGGGGACAAGAAGAAGACGGCCCAGACCUCCAUCUGCAGGGAGCGGAAUUCGGAGCUGGCCAGGACUGACCCCGUGCGGCCCUUCAUCAGCGGGCACGUGGCCAACAGCAUGGCGGCAGAGGUGAUCGCUCUGCUUCACAGCUUGCUCAUGGCGCCCGAGUCGAACGCAGCUCAGAUAUGGACGACCACCGCUGAGAAAGUCUUGUCUCGGGCGCUGAUGUACAUUCCCCAGCUGGGAAAAUACGCCGAGAGCAUCUUGGAGAACGGCAGCAGCAACGGAAGGAAGCUCGCCAAGCUCCAGAGGAUCGCUCGCCAAGCAGUGGCUGCCCUGUGUGCCCUGGGGGGCUUCAAGGAGACCAUCAAAAUCGGCUCAGAGGUUCAGGUGUUGGGUCGAGGAAUUGCCAGGAGCGUUGGUGUGGUGGCCUCCAUUAAUGAACAGGAAGGGAUCGCCACCGUCAGAUUUCCCCCUGUGAAUAUAGACUCUAGGAAGACCUCCCAGGCCUCAGACAUUUUGACCAUUCCGUUGUCGCGACUCUGCAUUCCACGGUCGGAGGAGGUCAACUCGGUGAUCCAGAAGCCUUCGCACCCCAUGGCCAAGACCAAAAUCCUGGUCAAGAGCCUGAUGAACCGAGCAGAGUUGCUCCUGCACGUCACCAUCGCUGCCCAGUCGGGACUCACCCGGAGCAUCUCCGGCACCCCGGCAGAAACGCCAGCGUGCAAGUCCGCCUCGGAAACCAAGGUCAUCUCCCACGCUGUUCGCCAGCCAGUUUUCCUGCGCAGCAUGUCGGCUCCCUCUGAUCUGGAAAUGAUCGCAAACGAAGACCUGGAGUUCACCAGGUCGAGCCAGAGGCGGCGCCAUGUUCCGAGCCACAGGAGCAGCUCCUUCACCCUCCUGCAGUCGCUGGCCAUCGAAGACAGCCGGGACAAGCCCACCUACAGUGUCCUCCUGGGACAGCUCUUUGCCUUCAUCGGAACCAAUCCUGAGCAAGCAUACGACAGCGACUCCUCCUGCCAUUACAAGACGGAGCGCAGCUAUGAGAACUUCAUCAUCUCUGGCCCAGAUCUUCACCCUCCGCCCAUCGCGGACGACGAGAGCGACGAUGACGACGACGACGACGUCCCCCGGGAGGACCACUACGCCCUGCUGGUGAAGGCCUGGGAGACCAAGGUCUUCCCCACCAUUAGGAGGCGUUUCCGCAACGAAGCCGAGAGGAAAUCCGGCCUGGAUCAAAUUAAGGGAGCUUUGCAGUUAGGGGAGCGGCUCCUUGUGGUCGAAGCGCAGUGCGAAAGGUUACGGAUGCUCUACCGUGAUAGCGCUCGCCCCCCUCCGCCCCCCCUCCAGGCAGACCGAAGACAGCUCCGUGUCUUCUUGGUUCAGCCUAAAGAAAUCACCUGGAGCCCUUCGAGGGUCUUCCCACCUGUGCGGGCCUGCAUGUUCUCCUCCCACCUCACUGCGGUGACCUUCCUGGCGGACCCCAGCGCAGGGGGAGGGCUUCCUCGGGGCACCUUCAUUUACGCCACCUCGGCAGUUCCUGUGCAGGCCCCCUCUUUCUACUGGGAGAUCGAAAUCGUCUCCUACGGAGAUGCAGAUGACGACACGGGGCCGAUCGUCUCCUUUGGCUUUGCCACGGAAGCUGAGAAACGCGACGGGGCGUGGACCAACCCCGUGGGCACCUGCCUCUUCCACAAGGGGAAGGGUUGUCUGGGGGCAAACGGCUCGUGUCUUCCGGGUGGGGAGGGGGGUCCCUCUCGGAAGGACUCCGAUCUUUGCUCUCUUCCUUCAGGGCUGAUUUUUUACGACACGAAAGUAACGGUCUUGAACCGCGUGCUCAAUGCCACAGUGCAGAGGACGGCUGACCACGCAGCCCCAGAGAUCACCCUGGACCCCCUCGAAAUAGUGGGAGGAGAGAUUCGCUCUUCAGAAAAUUCCUACUUCUGCCAGGCCGCCCGGCAACUGGCUUGCAUCCCGUCCUCGCAGCUCUGUGUGAAGUUGGCCAGUGGAGGAGACCCCACUUACGCCUUCAACAUUCGCUUCACUGGCGAGGAGGUCCACGGCACAACUGAACGAUGAAACCGAGCUGGAGGCCCUGUGUGCGGAGAUCGCCUCCCAGCACCUGCCCAUGGAGAGCCCGGACAGCCCCAACAAGCCCAGCUGCAAGUUCACCUAUGUAACUAUGACGGGGGAAGAAGUGGAGCUGUGCGCCCGAGGCAGACACAUCCCUGUGGUGUGGGAGAACAAGGACGUCUACGCCGCGGCCAUUCGCAACCUGAGGCUUCACGAGCUGCAGACCGCUGAGUGCGUGAUGGCCGUGCGGGCCGGCUUGGCCACCAUCAUCCCGCUGCAGAUUUUGACCUUGCUGACCCCCCUGGAGUUGGAGCUGAGGACUUGUGGGCUCCCCUACAUCAACCUGGAAUUCCUCAAGGCACACACCAUGUACCAAGUUGGGCUGAUGGAGACCGACCAGCAUAUUGAAUUUUUCUGGGGGGCCUUGGAGAUGUUCACCCAGGAGGAGCUGUGCAAAUUCAUCAAGUUCGCCUGCAACCAGGAGCGCAUCCCCUUCACCUGUCCCUGCAAGGACGGGGGUCCGGACACAGCCCACGUGCCGCCCUACCCCAUGAAAAUCGCGCCCCCGGAUGGCACUUCAGGCUCCCCGGAUUCCCGCCACAUCCGCGUGGAGACCUGCAUGUUCAUGAUCAAACUCCCUCAGUAUUCCUCGUUGGAGACCAUGCUGGAGAAGCUCCGGUACGCCAUCCACUAUCGCGAGGACCCUCUCAGCGGUUGACCUGCUCCCCCUCCCCUCCGGGGGUCGGCCCUUCGGAGGACGCGCCGGAGAAGCCAAGCGAUGGCCAGGCAAGAGCGGCAGGGGAAUCUGGUCCUCUUGCGACGGCCUGCGUGGAAGACCUCCUCCUCCCCGUAGACCUCGGGGGUGGAUGGAACCGUCUGACGCUGUUGCUGCUGCUGCUGCUGCCUUAUAGGAAACUUAGUCUGGGGAACAAGGUUUGCAAUCCUGGGGGAUCCCCCCCCCCCAUUUUGUCCUCAUCGGAAGGGAGACUCGGGGAUCGGCCGUGUAAGGGGGAGGCCUUCCGCCACCGUUUCUGAGUGCAUCGGUGAAGCAACCACACUUCGUUGUUGUUUUUUGGGGGCGGGGGGGAAUCGGGGCUUAACGUAACUCAGUAGAGCAGAAGUCGCAUUCCCCCCCCC